AUGGCCGACAAGGGGCAGCUCCUCAUUCCAGCACCCAGCGGUCAGUAUGCAGUCGGCCACAGCACAACGAAGCUUAUCGACAACGCGCGAACUGACCCUUACGAUCCCGAACACGGCAAACGCAAUGUCAUGAUCUCGCUCUUCUACCCGGUCGACCGCUCCGCCUGCAAAAUGAUCAGUCCGGUGCCCUACAUGCCUCCGAAAACUGUCGAGAUCCUAGAUGAAUACGUAGCUCAAUUCGAGAUGCCUCGCGGCAUAUUCGGAGCCAUCCGGAUGCAGAUGGCCAGCGACAUCUCGCCCGAAGCGAUUAAGGAAGCCAUUAAGUUUCCGCUGGUGUUGUUUUCUCCUGGCCUGGGUGCCUCAAGGCUCCAAUACAAUGCGCUCGCGCAGAAGCUCGCCAGUGCGGGAUACGCAGUCGUAACAAUGGAUUACACAUACGAAACGAUUGUCGUUGAAUACCCGGACGGCACAUACACACCCGGCCUGCCGCCCACCCACUGGGAUCCUUCGAACCGCGAGAAACACGAGGCGGCACUCGCUACGCGCGUCGAAGACAGCCGAUUCGUCCUCUCGCAGCUCGGCAGUCUGGAUGUCGUUCAGCAGUUGGUGCCAGGAGCUACCGCUCCCUUCAACACAGAGAAGGCAGUCUUCAUCGGGCACUCAUUCGGUGGCUGCACCGCCAUCUCCGCGCUCAUGGCCGACGCACGCUUUGCUGGCGCCGUGAACAUGGACGGCAGCCAAUACGGCCCGCUCUCCGACACCCAGAAACCCGUCCUGCUCUUCGGCCGCGGCGACCCCUCCCCCCGUAACCGCAGCAACAAUGCCACCUGGGAGCCGCUAUGGGCGCAUCUCAAGGGGCGCAGGAAGGAGGUCAAUCUGCGGGGCUGUGAGCAUACUACGUUUUGCGAUACGCCGCUGUUGACGAAGCUGAGCGGGAUGCCGACGAGUGGGAUUGUGGAGAAGAUGAUUGGGACGCUGGACGGGGAGAGGAGUUUUGAGGUUGUCGCGAGGUAUUUGGUAGAGUUUGCGGGCUUUGUGUUGAAGGGGGAGGAGGGGCUGCUGUUUGCGGGCCCGCGCGAGGAGUGGCCGGAGAUUGUGUUUGGGGAGAAUUGA